CAAGACUUCCUCUCAAUAUUUGCCUCUAUGAGUUUCGUAUGUCGAAAUAAUAAUUGCUUGACUUUCAAGGCUAAUUUCUCCAUUAUAACAACUCGAAAUUACUAUAAAAAACUUAUCAAAGCCUAAAAGGAUCUCGUCUUAACCAAACCAUUUGACAUGAGUCACUUCUUAUCCGAUUUUUGCUGUUAAAAAUGGGCAAUUGCUCCAAUGACUACACGACGCCGACGAACCAGGUCUAGUGGAGAAGACCAAGAACACAACUCGACAACCGUCACUUUUUCUUCCACAAGAAACGCUGAUAACUCAGCUUUGGACAUGACAUCAUGCAGGGAAAGGACACCGGAGUUUCUCUCCGCUGUAAAGUCUAUAAAGACWCGUCAGGGAUCCCCGUUUACCAACCAGAAGCUUCAAGGAAUGAAUGGAGUUCACCAUCAAAAGAGCCAGUUCUUCGUUAUUGCCAAGCACAUUGGCAAAGACAUAAGUAAUACAUUCCACAAGUUGGAAAAACUAGCCAUUUUGGCAAAGAAGAAGUCCUUAUUUGAUGAUAGGCCAAUGGAAAUACAAGAACUAACUUACAUAAUAAAACAGGAUAUCAAUGGAUUAAACCAGCAAAUUGCACAGCUCCAAGAGCUUGUCAAGUCUAAAAGUCACACAGAAGGAAAACACCAACAGACACAUUCUAAUACUGUGGUACUUACCCUACAGUCAAAACUGGCAACAAUGUCAAAAGAUUUUAAGUCAGUUUUAGAAGUCAGGACAGAGUUCUACAACGAUCCAAUGCACGAGGCAAUGGAGUUAUGAAGGGAGGGGCAGAUCAUGUAGCAAUUGACAUGGGUGGCAGUGAACACUCCCCACUAAUGAAUGAAAUGAACCAGAUGCAAGCUUUUGAAGAACAGGAUACUUACAUAAGCAGUAGAGCAAAUGCUAUGCAAAGUAUAGAAUCAACCAUUGUUGAACUUGGAAGUAUAUUCUCUCAACUUGCUAACAUGGUCAAAGAACAAGAAGAACAGAUACAAAGAAUUGAUGCAAAUGUGGAAACAACAGAGAUGAACGUUGAAGCAGCACAUGGAGAAAUCCUCAAGUACUUCCAGUCAGUUAGUUCCAAUCGCUGGCUCAUUAUUAAGAUCUUCCUUGUUCUGAUCAUAUUCUUUGUCAUAUUUGUUGUUUUCAUGGGUUAAUUAAAUUGGAUGGGACAGAUUCUUAAAUUACCAAGGGAGGGGAGGGUAGGUACGAAUAGUUUCACCAAAUAGCAGAAUAUUACUGGUCCUUGUAAUAAUUCGUUAUUAUUUCCUGUUGACAUCUUUAGAGGCUAAUGUCCUAAAAUCAUCUGCAAUGAAUAUGAGAAAUGAGAGAUCAUUUCACUCGAUAGUAUCACCGAUAUUAUGUCAUAUUUAAAAAAAUGGGACAAUCUAUUUGUGGUGUAGAAUUUUCCAAACUCGGUGGCAACUUUGAAAUAAUAAGUUAUUUUGAAAAGGAGGCAAAUGGGAAAAGCAAAAGUGAGAAUGUUUUUCUUUUGUAAGACUUUUUGUUUGUUGGCUUGUUUUUCUAUCUGUCUCAGUGUCUGUCUCUAUAUACUUGUCUGUCUGUCCAGCUAUGUGGUUGUCUCUCUGUUUCUAUCUCUGUCUGUCUUUUCUUGUCGGCCUCACACUAACCAUAAUUUAUUCAAAAGCUACAUCCAUUCUUCUGAAUAUUAGAGGGAGGUUGUACCUUAUAACAAACCUGACAUACCACGAGACUCAAUGCAUAUCCCUACAUUCAGUCUCACUAUUCCAUCUGAAAUAAUAUUCCCUUUUACUUUGGGUUUGAGGUUGUCCUAUAGAUCUCUUUACCGCGUGUGUAAUCUUUUCCCAUUUUAGAUCUAGUGUCAUUCUUUUGAGAAUAAUAUUCUUUGUUAGAGUUGUAUCCAUAUUCAUAUGUCUUCUGAUGCUCAGCCGUUAAACAAAGAAAUGAUACUCUAGGGAAUGACGCGUGGCGUGGAAUGGGAAAACCUUACACCCAAGGUAAAGCGAUCUAGUGUAGACCCCGUCAUUCUCUCAAACAAUAAGAUCAUUUGUUUCCAGAAUCACCCGGGAAUAUACAUCAAUAUUGAUGUUACGCUAACAACGAAUCUUACUAGUAUUCUCAUUAGAUUUGAAAUGGGAAAACAUUUUGACUAGCGUAAAGAUUUCAUUUCACCCCAAAAUAAAAGAUUGACUGAUAAAAAUACUGACUACGAACUUCGUGGUAGAUCGACUAGAAAUGUUUUACUUGAGAAACGACUUCUAUUAACUCCAUGGUUGUCUGUCAUGGGUUUUUACAAGUUUCUUUCGUUUCUCAAAGGGGGAAAAAAGCCAAAUGAUUACAUCUGUCAUCCAAUCCAUAUAUUGUAGAUAUAAAUAGCCAUACUAUGUAUGUAAAUGUACACAAGACUUUCCUUGAUCGCUUCCCGACAGGGGGAGGGAUGUGGGUUUGAACAAAACCACAUCAGAAAGGAGAAAUCCCAACUAUGUUAAGCCCGUGGGCUGAAGCUCAUUAGCAAAUAAACUGUGAAACCUCAAAA